AUGGAUAUAUCUGUACAAAACGCUGCCAAACAUGCAGAUGGUUUUGAUUUGCGUCUGCUUUUCUCAUGUCAUACACUUUGGCUUAUUGAAAAAGAAACACAAAAGCAUAAAGCAAAACAAAAAUCAGAUUCUCAUUACAUGAAGGCCCAAAGUGCUGGUCAAUUUAUGAUUUAUGUGCAUUCCAAGAUGAUGAUAGUGGAUGAUGAAUACAUAAUCAUUGGAUCUGCUAAUAUCAACGAGAGAUUAAUGAAUGGUAGAAGAGACACUUUAAUUGCUAUGGGAGCUUAUCAACCCUCCUAUUUGGCAACCAAUAAAAAUAGUGCAAGGGGCCAGAUCCAUCGCUUUCACUUGUCCUUGUGGUACGAGCAUCUUGGCAUAUAUAAAGAAACUUUCCUCAACCCUGAACUUGAAGGUUGUAUUAGGAGGAUCCAUCAGCUUGCUCAAAACAAUUGGAACAGAUAUACAGGACAACCAUUAUGCACUUGUGGCCACCUCCUGCGCUAUCCCAUUGACAUUUCUCUUGAUGGAAGUAUCACACAUGAUCCUGAAAUAUUCCCCGACACCUAUGCAAGAAUUCGAGGUAGUCAACACUUAGAUAGUUGGGUGGUUCGUAAUAUAAGGUGGGCGGGCACAAAAGCUGAGUUUAGUAUUUUGUAUUAG